ACGUCGGGGGCGUCAGAGGAGCACACAACUCCUCCAGCCAAUCACGGUACAGCCCGCUCCCCCAUCUGCGCCUGUUAGUGAAGCUGGGUUUGUAGUGGAGCGAGAGCGCGGGAGUUAAGCGUUUCGGAGCCAUGGCUGGCCAGCUGAGCGAAGGGGCCAUUGCGGCUAUAAUGCAGCAGGGGGAUACAUCCAUAAAACCCAUUCUCCAAGUCAUUGUUCCUGAGGAGCUGGGGUUGCAGGCUAUACCACCACACCCAGCUUUCAUCGUACCUUAUAGCAUCCGCCCCAUUACCACAGGGAAUAAUCCACCCCGUUAUCGACUGCUUAUGAGUGACGGAAUCAACACACUGUCCUCUUUCAUGUUAGCAACACAGAUGAACUCUCUUGUUGAGCAAGAACAAUUGGCUGCCAACUGUAUUUGCCAGAUUGACCGAUUUAUUGUUAACACUCUGAAAGAUGGCAGGAGAGUAGUUAUUUUGAUGGAGUUAAAAGUUUUGAAAUCAGCUGACAUGGUGGGAGUGAAGAUUGGCAAUCCAUUGCCCUAUAAUGAAGGACAGGGGCAGCCACAGGCAGUUCCUUCUCCAGUCACAGCAUCCAGUCCGCUGACCGGCAGGCCCCAGCAACAGAACGGGAGCUCAGGAGUGGGUUCCUCUGUACCCAAGGCUUACGGUGCCUCAAAGACAUUUGGAAAACCCGGAGGGUCGGGCCUAUUGCAUCCUUCCGGGGGAACGCAGUCCAAAGUGGUACCCAUUGUCAGCCUCACGCCGUACCAGUCCAAGUGGACUAUUCGUGCUCGUGUUACCAACAAAAGUCAGAUCCGUACGUGGAGCAAUUCUCGAGGAGAAGGGAAGCUUUUCUCUCUAGAACUAGUAGAUGAAAGUGGUGAAAUCAGAGCUGCUGCUUUCAAUGAACAAGUAGACAAGUUCUUCCCCCUCAUUGAAGUGAACAAGGUGUACUAUUUCUCAAAAGGCAGCCUGAAGAUUGCUAACAAACAGUUCUCAGCUGUUAAAAAUGACUAUGAGAUGACCUUCAAUAGUGAGACUUCUGUGGUUCCCUGUGAAGAUGAUCAUCAUUUACCUACAGUUCAGUUUGACUUCACAGGAAUUGAUGAUCUAGAGAACAAGUCUAAAGACUCACUUGUAGACAUAAUUGGAAUCUGCAAGAGCUAUGAGGAUGCCACUAAAAUCACAGUAAAGUCUAACAACAGAGAAGUUGCUAAAAGAAAUAUCUACUUGAUGGACACAUCAGGGAAAGUGGUGACUGCUACUCUGUGGGGAGAAGAUGCUGACAAAUUUGAUGGUUCUAGACAGCCUGUGAUUGCCGUAAAAGGAGCCAGAGUUUCUGAUUUUGGUGGACGGAGCCUCUCUGUGCUGUCUUCAAGCACUAUCAUCAUGAAUCCUGACAUCCCUGAGGCCUAUAAGCUUCGCGGAUGGUUUGAUACAGAAGGACAAACCUUAGAUGGUGUUUCCAUUUCUGAUCUAAAGGGCGGGGCCCUAGGAACUAGCAACACCAACUGGAAAACUCUAUACGAGGUGAAAUCCGAGAACCUGGGCCAAGGCGACAAGGCGGACUAUUUCAGCUCUGUGGCAACAGUGGUGUAUCUUCGCAAAGAGAACUGUAUGUACCAGGCCUGCCCAACUCAGGAGUGCAAUAAAAAAGUGAUUGACCAGCAAAAUGGAUUAUACCGCUGUGAAAAAUGCGACCGUGAAUUUCCUAAUUUCAAAUACCGCAUGAUCUUGUCGGCAAAUAUCGCAGAUUUUCAAGAGAAUCAGUGGGUGACUUGUUUCCAGGAAUCUGCUGAAGCUAUCCUUGGACAAAACACUGCUUAUCUUGGGGAACUGAAAGAUAAGAACGAGCAGGCCUUUGAAGAAGUUUUCCAGAAUGCCAACUUUCGAUCUUUCACAUUCAAAAUCAGAGUCAAACUGGAGACCUACAAUGAUGAGUCUCGAGUCAAGGCCACAGUGAUGGAUGUGAAGCCUGUGGACUACAGAGACUACGGCAGAAGGCUGAUCAUGAACAUCAGAAGAAAUGCAGGGAUGUGAGGAGAGUAGCACUGAUUGGGCAGAAGUUUGAAAACAGAGCUGAAAUGGAGCCGAUUUCUUAUAGUCCCACCUCCCCCACCAUCACAGAACCUCAGUGUGGACCUCAGUUUUCCCCUCUGCGUGCACCGUGGGCCAGUUGGUAGAGAGAGGAUGGUGCGCUCAGAAAGUGGUGUGUGAAAGCAUCAGCCCUGGGAGUCCACAGCGGGUCGCAGAGACCCAGUCCCUCCCUCUGUCUUCAGGCUUCUGUCAAUUUUAGUAAGAUUUCAUUAUCUUCAAGUAGGAAUUAUGUCACAAGUAAUUGACCCUAACUCUGCAAACAGUGAAAAAAAUUAUGUCGCCAGGGCUUUGCUCCUCCAGCGGUGACACCUUUACAACUGGAGGCACUGGGAAGUGGUGGUGGGGAACCCGUUCUGAGUGUCUCUUCAAUUCAAAGGCGCUCUCUUUCUAGAGGUGCUGCAGAGUUGUUAAUGCUUGGAAUGGCAAUAGGGUAGAAUUAUUAAUCAAAGGCAUAUCUUCAUAUCUGAAGACUAUCCUUCCUUCAGGGUUUAAUAGAUUUAAUAGACUGAGUCAGAUGGGUCUGAUAUUAAUCAAAAUUGUCUCUUCUGAGGAUGGCUGAUAAGCAUUGACUUGCUGUCCCCUGGGGACAUCAGACAACUACAAAGCAUUGCUUGAGUUUUCCCUUCAAUUAGUGUUGCAUUUUGUUUGGUGAAUGUACAUUUUUCCUGCCUAUACAUAUUUCUUGCAUUUAUGUUUUAUUUCUUGAUUAACGGUAUGUUAAAAUGGAAAGGAUUUUGAAAGGACGAGCCCUUUGUUUCCUGUGCUUUGUUUAAUAAACAGUAUAUCCUUUGCUUGUGAA